CGGCGCCACUUCCGGAUUGUGGGUCUCCGCCCCCUUCGUUCCCGGAAGUGGACGGGAGCGGCGUUGCCAUGGCGGCGUCUCUUGGGCAGGUGCUGUCUCUGGUGCUGGUGGCCGCCUUGUGGGGUGGCACACAGCCGCUGCUGAAGCGGGCCUCCUCCCGCUUGCAGCAGGUUCAUGAGCGGACCUGGGCCCGGCAGUUGCUGCAGGAGAUGAAGACCCUCUUCUUGAAUACUGAGUACUUGAUGCCCUUUUUCCUCAACCAGUGUGGCUCCCUUCUCUACUACCUCACCUUGGCAUCAACAGCCAUACCGCAGAGAUAUUGCAGGGUUGGUUCCGGAUUACUGCAAUACAACAGAUGUUGCAGAGCAGAUCUGACCCUAGCCGUGCCCAUCAGUAACUCUCUGGCCAUCGUCUUCACACUGAUUGUCGGGAAGGUUCUUGGAGAAGAUAUAGGUGGAAAAGGAGCAUUCACAGGCAUGGUGCUCACCGUGGUGGGGAUCGCGCUCUGCGUCACGAGCUCCGUGAGCAAGACCCAGGGGCAACUGUCUGCCCUUUGAGUGGGCCGAUGCCACCCUCCAGUCCUUCUGUGUCCAGGAAGCCGCUCACCCAGGAGGCGCAGCCAGUGAGCAGACAGACCUCGCACUUCCCCCUCUGAGCCUCUGCGCCCUCACCCCUUAGGGGGCGAACAGCUACCUCGGGGUGGCUCACACGGGAGAACCACAGUGAAAGAUCUGUUCAGCUGCUAGGAUUUAGCACAAGAAACUUCAUACCUCCCCAGCAACCUUUCUGCCCCAGCAGCUGUGCUUGUGCUGUCAUGUCAGGCCCCCAGCGCAGCCACUGUCACCAUGGCCUGAUCCAGACUGUCACAGCAGCAGGGUGCACGGGCUGCACGGAGCCGGCCAGCCGCCGUCCGAGCCAGACAUGCGCACAGGAGGCCGCGGGGCUGCCAGGGGCCUUGGCUGGCUGAGGCAGGGCCCUGAGGGGAGGAAGUACGUCGGGAUGGCAGGUGUAGAGGAGACGGGCAGUCCAGGAGCCUUGCCUGGCCCAGCUAGGAGGUGGGUGGAAGUCCUCAUCUGCCCGCCCCCUCAGACAGACAGCCUGGGGCCCCAGCACCAUGUCACUUCAGCCACGUGGCACGGUGCCCGGCGCGGGGUAGCGUCAAAUAAAUCUGCACUAAACAGA